AUGGAUCAUCAGCACGGCACCAACAUCAAUAGCGACUGGAUGGACAAUCCCGGUCGCAACGACGACGACGACUCCUCAGACACGCUGCUCUUUGCCAUUCUCACCCUCUCCAUAUCCUACUUCGUCCUCCGCACGCUGGGAGUUGUUAUCCUGGUGGCACUGCUGUUAUUCGCGGUGUGGAUCGUGAUGGGGAAAGAUGCAUCAUCGCCUCGCAUAGCAUGA